UCCGCGCCGCAGCCGGGGGAGGUGGAGCCGCUUUAUCGAGAGCCCCAGUGGAAAUUUGCCCCUCAGUUGCCGACUCCAGCGCGGAGGAGACGCUAGUGAGAGCCGUCCUUCUUUGUCGUGCCCGCCUUCCCUUCAUCCCUGCCUGCCGCUAUGUCCAACUACAUCCACGUACCGCCCGGCUCCCCCGAGGUGCCCAAGCUGGACAUCACCGUCAGCGAGCGGGAGGGGCCCGGAUGCCGUCAGGGCGCCCUGCAGCUCCUGCGCCGCCUGCGGCCUCACUGGAGACCCGAGGAGGUGACGCUGCAGCUGUUCACUGAUGGAAUCACCAAUAAGCUAAUUGGCUGCUACGUGGGUGACACAACAGAUGAUGUGGUUUUAGUUAGAAUCUAUGGAAAUAAGACUGAGCUCUUAGUUGAUCGAGAUGAGGAAGUGAAGAGUUUCCGCGUGUUGCAGGCCCAUGGCUGUGCACCUCAACUAUACUGUACUUUCAAUAAUGGCCUGUGCUAUGAGUUCAUGCAGGGAGAAGCACUGGAUCCAGAGCAUGUAUGCAAUCCUGAUAUUUUCAGACUCAUUGCCAAACAGCUUGCUAAAAUCCAUACUAUUCAUGCGCACAAUGGUUGGAUCCCUAAAUCAAACCUCUGGUUGAAGAUGGGAAAAUACUUCUCUCUUAUACCUACAGAAUUUGUGGAUGAAGAAGUAAAUAAAAGGUUUUUAAGUGAUAUUCCAAGUCCUCAAGUUCUUCAGGAAGAGAUGGCCUGGAUGAAGGAAAGACUGUCAAAUUUAGGAUCACCAGUGGUACUCUGUCACAAUGACCUGUUGUGUAAGAAUAUUAUUUACAACAAGAAACGAGGUGAUGUGCAGUUCAUAGACUAUGAGUACUCUGGAUACAACUACCUGGCUUAUGACAUUGGCAAUCACUUCAAUGAAUUUGCAGGAGUAAACGAAGUAGACUACAGCCUUUAUCCCAACAGAGAAUUACAGGAACAAUGGCUGAGAUCUUACCUUGAGGCCUACAAAGAAUAUAAAGGAUUUGGCACAGAAGUUAGUGAAAAGGAAGUUGAAGUUCUAUAUGUUCAAGUCAAUCAGUUUGCACUGGCUUCCCACUUCUUCUGGGGAUUGUGGGCUCUAAUUCAAGCCAAGUAUUCCACCAUUGACUUUGAUUUUUUAGGGUAUGCAAUUGUUCGUUUUAACCAGUAUUUCAAAAUGAAGCUGGAAGUCACAGCAUUAACUCUUCCUGAGUAAAGAAGAAGAAUAAAGUUACCAAGUGGAUGGACAACCCCUGAAUCUUUUCUGAGAAUGGAUACUGGAAAAAAAGCUAAACAUUUGUUGAAGUACUGUAAUGCUCACUUGAUGGUUCUUGCUUUAUAAAUAAUGCCUCUAAACAGUCCUUCAAUGUUAAAUUUAAUAUGAAGAACAUACGUACUGCUGUUGAUAUAAAAAUGGAUUAGAAACUUGCUAAAUCUAUAAAAAGUUGUAGAAAGGGCAAUUUAAUCCUUUUUCGUAAUUUAACAUGUUGUAUGUGAAUUAUUUAUAAGUUUAACAUGAUUCCAUUGCUGCUUUCAUCAGUUUUUGUAAAAGUUGGGUGCAGACAGUGAAGUUGUUCCAAAGGAUUUGUUUAACAGCUUAUUUUAUUGAGUUUCAUUAACUUAUAUUAGAGAUCUACACAGUCGGAGGAUAUUAACCUUUUAGAUCUAUACAGGCAAAAUGUGACUGAGAUACUGGUCACUAGUAUGUAGUAACUAGGGGAAAAGGUUAGGAUCUUUUUUUCUUUUUUUUUUAAAAAAAGUUAGCUUUCCAUAUUAUGGUACUUAUCUUUUGUAUAAGAAUCAACCUGCUUGCUGAAAUGAUAAAAUUUUUUUUGGCUUUCCUUUCUGUAUGUUAAGCUGUAGAAAUGUGAAAGUUCUGUGGCCAUCAGAUUAUUUGAGACUCUAUACCAUCAGUGUUAGAUGGGAAUGUACCAUCUCUAACUUCUGUAGGAAAGCUGCUUGUUAAGUGUAUUUCUUAAACAAAAAACCACUAUUCCAAGAUCUGUAUUCCUUUUUGAAACUUGAUUCAAAAUUUGAACACUAUUCUGGUCUCUGUGCUUCAGCAGUGUCUAAUGGAAUGGAUUAUUGAACUGAAGAUCAGUGAACAGCGAUCCUGUUGCACUGGGGAGCAAGACAUUUAGGUUUACAGUUUGUGUAUUGUUGAUGUCUUUUCCUUCUGCUCUGUCACUUUCUAACCUCAGAUUCUAGUCUUAAAUGUUUGGUCCUGUAGUUGAAAAUUCUGCAUGUCUGUUUCUCUUCUGUGGCAUCAAAUUAUUUUUCAAAGUCUCCAGUUUGAAGGAUAACGUGAAAAAGUAUGACUUGAACAAUGGGGCUCUGAUCAUCACACACAUCUCCUUAUAGCUAUUAUACCAAGAAUGGUCUGGAUCACAAAAUGUGAAUAGAAAAUGUUUACUGAAGAAAAUCAUGUGUAAGUUUGAGUGGAAAAGAGGUUUUAAAUCUGAAGCAGGGGGGAAAAAGAAACCCACAACAAAAAUAAAACCCAACAAGGUGUUUUGGAGUUGGGCAGGCAUAUACUCAACUCUGGAAAAAACUUUGCACUUUGGUCGCUUAAGUGCCCACAUGUACAAAGUCUGUGUGUGUGCAUAUGCACAUGCAAAUACAAACUUACCUGAAGAGUAAAUAUUUUUUUUUUUUUGUAGAGACUCUGGCAAAGCUAUUUAUUCAAAAUUGCUUUGACAUACUAUUGUGUGCAUACACAUUUAAGUAACAUAGGCAUGCACAGUGCUUUACAAAAUUUUUGAUUCAGGACAAAGUUAAUGUGAAUGAAAAAAUUUCACUUUGAAAGACCAUCUUGAAUGGCAUUCUGUUAUUUCACAAAAGCAAGGUUUGGUUUUUUUCGUCAUACCCUGUUUAUUCAUUUCUUAAUGUUUCAAUUUAUUUCCUUCAGUCAAAACCUUAAACUGUAAUACAAAUGGGAUAACUGGGAUUUUUUUUUUUUGUAACUUGAAGUUGGGUAAACCUUUCUGUUAGCAUUUUUUUUAGCUGGAGGCUACGCUUCUAUACUGGACAAACUUUCUUGGUAGUGAAAUAGAAACAUAGCUAAAAUUCAUGUGUUUUCAUUUAUAGCAGAUAUUGAGGAUGUUGCUAGAGCUCAAAAGCACUGAAGACUCUUGUGUUCCAUACUUUCUCCCUCUAGGCAUGAUUGACAUACUUCAAAUACCCUGCUGUCUUGGUGUGUAGUCCCUUUAAGUUCAGCAAGAUGUUUUUGGAAGUAAGGUUGAUAAA